AUGGCUGACACUUUACAGCAAUGGGAAGAUUUUGUUGCGUUGUUGGCUGCAGUCAGUGCUCUGAAAGAGACAAAAACACAAGAUUUUUUAAUGUUCCGAAAGUUAUACACCACCAGGGUGAAGAAACACGGGAUUUGUCGCAACGUAGACUGGCAAAAUGGCUAUCAAUCAUUAAUCGUGCUUCAGUUACCAAUGGAGACGUCAAAAAUCCGAUGGUUUGCUCACUUCAUUUCCACGCCAGUAAGAAUUGAAAUUACGAAAUUUUUUUAAGCAAAGUUAUUAGUUUUCUCAUUGCUAUAUUCCACAUUUUUAAAAGGACAACCUGCAAGCUUGUUCGAUAAAAUUCAUCCUGACUGGGCACCUACUUUUGCGACGGGACAGUGCCACUCAUCAACGACACACAGCACAAAUGAUGGUUGCUUGGAAAGGUACAACCACUCUAAGGAGAGAACUAAGAAAAGACAUUUUGAUAACACCACAUCUGUGGAUAACAUUAUACAGCAAAGCAAUGAUGGGAAUUCUGUUAUUACACCGCGAGAACAAUCUGAAAACAAUGAACCAGAUAUUGAUUUUGUUAACAACAGUGACGAAGACCAAAAACUUAAGAAAAGCAUACCUGUUGCCAACCUUGUCGCAAGCCAAAUACAGACUGAUAUGACUAUGGUUGACAUAGACCUGCUUACAUACAGAUCUACCAAGAAUUUAAGCCACGACAAUUUUGCAAGUGAAGCGUUUUUCCAAGGAGAUAACGAGAAGGUUAAAUUUUACACUGGGCUUCCUGGAUUGGCAGUUGUGAUGGUUUUAUUUGAACUGAUAAAGCCUGGGCUUGUGGUUCGAAACUCAUUAACUAAAUUUCAACAGUUUUUGCUCACUUUAAUGCGACUUCGUUUAAAUUUAUCUGUUCAAGACCUUGCAUAUAGAUUUGGAGUUCAUGCUUCAACAGUGUCAAGAGUGUUUCACAAUUGCAUCAAUGUCAUGUACUCUAGCAUGAACUUUCUGAUUUAUUGGCCGACAAAACAGGAACUAAAUCUGACACGACCUAUGUGCUUUAG